AUGGGGGAGUCAACUAAAAUAUCAUUUGAAACUGUGUUCCUCGUUAAAGACUCGACUAGUGAUAACUUAAUUGGACCUUUAACCAAUAUUACUCUUGGUAACUGGGAUUUUUUGAAAUCUACCGAAGAUCAGAAAAGAGUCUUUACCCGUGUUGACAACUACCCAUUCGUAGAAGUCAAUGAUUUGUAUUAUUCUGUAGAUGAAAAUUUGGAUUUGGUGUGCGAGUUUUACAAAAACCCAUCAAAACACCGCAACGACGAAGAUCUGUUUGUAACUCAACUUGACAGUGACAUAUCUCCAGUUGAAGACGAACACGUUGAAUUUCAGAAUGAAGAAGUAAACACUGUCGUCCCAGACACCCAACAAACAGAUAAUGGGUAUUUAUCAACGAACCCCCGUGUUAUUUCUCCUCAAAAUCCCAACGGUCAAAGACAACCAUCUGAACCACAAUUGUACACACCAAUUCCUGUGAUGCUUGUACCAUUCCCUUUAACCUCAGAACAAUCGAGUCAUAUUUUACAACUUCCACCUUUAUCUGCAAAUCAGGGAAUACAGCAAUUACCUCAAUGGUCAAUGCCAUUAGCUCCAAUGAAUCCACAAUGUUAUCAAUUUGGAUUGCCUCUGGUUAAUCCACCGAACAUUCAAUGA